CGAUUUAGUUCAGCAGAGAACUUCAUACGGUUAGCAUCGAAUGCGGGGGACGCAGAAUCGUCAAACGCGCGUUCAUUUUUCUGCCAUUCCACUAUACUUUCUUCAUUCGCAAAAAACCUGUCCCUCUUUUUUCCGGUCUGUCUAUUAUGUCUAAUCAAUUUGUUGUGUGUCCCAUGCAAAAAGAAUCGUGAAUCAGUGAAUCGAAAAGAAAAAAAAACAGUGAUAGCGGCGUUUAUCUUUGAACAUUGCUCGCGCAGAAUGGCUGUGAUUUUCUAUUUUUAUUAGAGAAUUGCAGUGUGAAUAGAAGUACGGAUAUUUUUACUUGUCUUCUAUCUGGUAGCCAAAUUUCGGUACCAUCGCGUUCGCUUGCAGUGUGAAUUUGAAAGGUGGCUAUAAUUUACAGACACAGUGCGAAUAAACACUACAUUUGUGUGUCGAAGGUGAAAAAUCAAUCGGUGGUCGACGAAAACAUGCCUACUUCACAUCCAGCAGCACUUAGAUGGUGAUACCGCGCAGUGUAGGGCACCGGCCGAGUGGGACGCUGUUUUGAAUGCAAAAAGGCAAGCAGUUACCUUCCGUCAGCGGUGGAUCGUCCUCCUUGUAGCAACAAUCCGGGACAAACUCAUCGCCAGUGUAUGGUUCAGUGAAACACAUCAAUUGAUGCCAAUUACUAGUAGUGCAGUGUAAGCCCAGAUGGACUCAAUUCAUUACCAGGCCGAGCGGACAGUGAGAAGCGCUACAAAUUGAUCGCGAAAUCACAGUCAUCCAAUAAACUGGGCUGUUAUUAAUGGAUAGCCCGAGUGGCCUCGCAUCAUCGGUGGCAGUUUUCUAGAUGAAAGGAGUCAACAGACCGAAAUGUCGCAUCGUUAGGCGCUUGUUUUUGUUUUUCGCCACACUCUCAAUCAUCCCGUUUACGGUGCUCUAUCUGGUCACCUCGGAUCAUCUGUAUCGAUUCAGGGCGUACAAUUACACUAAUGGCACCCGACAUCAGCUCCAAUUCCAUGCGGCACACCAUCCGCCCCCACAGCCGCACCACGGUCGCAAUGCCUAUCACAAGCAACUGUACGGGAAGUAUCCGCCUCACGACCAGCAUACGGCCAUUAAGAACAGCACGGGCAGCCAGUAUCUGAUAGACAUGGACUACAUGAAGCAUCGGAUGGAGAAUCGGGUGGCACGUAUGCAUGAAAAAUGCUCGGAAUACAAAUUAAAUGAACCGAAGCUUAAUUACAAACCGAAGGCUUGGGAGUACCUCAUCAACCGAGAAUACCAUCUGGUGUGGUGUAACGUAUUCAAGGCUGCCUCUACAUCGUGGAUGUACAAUUUUAACCUGCUGGCAGGCUAUACACCAGAGUUCCUCAAAAAGACCAAAGAUGUACCGUUGCAGUUAGCACGCCAAAAGUAUCCUCGCCCGUCGGUGGAAAUGCUCCGUGAGGCGAUUAAUAAUUCGAUUUCGUUCGUCAUCGUGCGACAUCCAUUCGAAAGACUGGUCAGCGCUUACAAGGAUAAAAUCCAAUACGCGCUACCAAACUCGCACCAUCAAAAACUAGGUAUACGUAUCAUUCAAAAGUACCGCAAGUUCAUCAAGGGCCAGCCCUGGAGCACCCAAAAGUAUCCUACAUUCCCCGAGUUCGUCAACUACAUGCUAGACGAGACUCGCCAUCCACAUUUGGAGAUCGAUAUGCACUGGAUUCCGGUGACAUAUUUCUGCACACCCUGUUUCUUCCACUACGAUGUGAUAGCCAAGUUCGAGACACUGGAGGAGGACCAAAACUAUCUGAUCUCGACGGCCCAGCUGGGUAAUGUGAUUAAGCCCCAGUGGAAAAACGCCGGCAAGGGGGCCCACACGAACGACGUGGUGCUGAAACUGUUCUCCGAGCUGAGCGAUGACCAGCUGCGGGGGCUGUACGAGUACUACCGGUAUGACUUCGAGCUGUUCGGUUACGGCAUAGAUGAGUACUUCCGUGGCAGGGGGCACUAAAAGCUGGGGGCCGGGAGGAGGGUAAUGCUAGUUUUGGAAUUUGUCAAAUUACUAUUAUAGUGAGACCAAAAGUAGAAUGCAGCCAUUUUAAGCAUACUUAUUUUUAUAGGCAUCAAAGUGAAAUUAGACGAAGCGACUUUUUCCUAGUGGAUCAAAACAUAUUUUUAUACCGCGAUAAUAAACAAAAAAAAAUCAAUUUUAGACGUCCAGUAGUAUGUACGCGAAACAUAUUUAACACAGUUUUUUUCUUGAUAGGAUAAGCUAGUCUUACAUAAGCAACGUAAGCAACGUCGAUAAGCUUUCUAGUUUUUCAGCGAGGGAUAGACAGCCUAAAACGCUCCGAUUGGAGACAUAAAUGAUUAUUAAAAUACGUGAUUGCCCUAAGCGCGAUUUUGUAACGAAUAUUAGAGACGGAGUUGUGUAGUGCACGCAGAGGUUCGCGUGUUAAACCGUUACACCGAGAGCAUGCAAAUAGCGAAUUUAUGUUCCUUUUUCAAUCUUUAAUAAAUACAUAGAAUACCAAA